GUGAAACGCUGAAUCAAACCACCACAAUCACACUCCCACCACCCACUCCGAUAACAGCUGAUCCAAGAUGGCGACCGAAGGGGAAUACGAGUCGAUCCUGUGCGUAAAACCUGAAGUAAACGUGUACCGCAUCCCCCCGAGGGCUUCUAACCGCGCGUACAGGGCAGCUGACUGGAAACUGGAUGCGCCCGACUGGUCCGGACGGAUGAGAAUCACAGCUAAAGGCAAAGUGGCAUUUAUCAAACUGGAGGACAAAGUAUCAGGGGAACUGUUUGCCCAGGCCCCUGUGAAUGAGUAUCCGGGUAUCGCCGUGGAGACCGUCAGUGACUCCAGCCGCUACUUUGUCAUCAGGAUACAGGAUGACAAUGGCCGUAGUGCUUUUAUAGGAGUUGGUUUUGGAGACAGAGGAGACGCCUUUGACUUCAACGUGUCUCUUCAGGAUCAUUUCAAAUGGGUCAAACAGGAGACUGAACUCAGCAAAACAGCUCAGCUUGGAGACUCUGGACCCAAACUGGACUUAGGUUUUAAAGAGGGACAGACCAUCACGCUCAACAUAGGACAAGGCAAGAAAAGGGAUAAACCACGUCCUCAGGGUGCUGGAGGAUUUGGGCUCCUCCCACCGCCACCUGGAGGAAAGAUAGCCCCUCCCCCUUUGUCUGGAAUGUCCAAUCACAACACAGUACCCCAGACGGGAAGCCCAACCACAGGAUGCCUUCUGGACUUGGACAGCAGUAACUCAAACACAGUGGUUCAGUCUAGUCCUAGCUCAGAUCUAUGGGGCGAUUUCACCUCUACUACAAGCUCUGUACCUCCUCAACAACAGAAGCCUACAAACUGGAUCCAGUUUUGAGCUGUUUUCAUUCACGUCGUCUGCUGUAGCUUCCUGUGCAUCCCGCUGACUGUAAACCCCACACAACGCUGAGUAAACCUGAUGUUAUACAAAUACAAUAACUGCUGAAUUUUAUUGCAAAAUGUCUAGAUCAAAAAGUGGAGCACUUAUGUGUCAAAGCCAUUUAGUCUGUAGCCAUCUCUGAAGCUAAGGGCUAUGCAGUUUGUUGUGUCUCCAGUAGAUGGCGCUGGCAUCUCUGUAUUUGAUUUACGUUUGUAUCUGCAAAAGCUCCCUCUACUGGCAGUGUAGAGAAGCACAUUUUAAAACUAACUUCUGCAGCAAAUAUACAGCUUUAAAAGAAAAGAACAAAUACAUAAAACUUAAAACACAACAUAAUAUGAAAAUCAUCAUAAUGAUUCAGUUAUACGGUUAUACCUUUCACAUUUAUAUUGUUGCUUCUUGUGACCGUUGAUAGGCUGUUUGGUUAUCAGAAAAAAAAAAAAAUGAUUUGGUUGAAUAAUUUGAAUGCAAAAAGAAAUGAUAUGCAAUUUUACCCUGCAGUGUUUUAGUGACAGAAGGACGUUUACUCUAAGCCUGUCACGAUAAAUGUUGAAGUUCAAUAUAUUGCUGAAGUAAAUAGAUACGAUAAUUAUGAUACCAAAUACUGAAACCAGUUUAUGCCACUUUUAAAUGUGCAAUAUUGUUAAAAAAUAAUGAGCUGCAAUAAAUAAACAGCAGAAUGAAACAUUUUAGUUCUUAGUUUGCAUCUGUAAUGAGUCAUACAAGUUUUUUAUUCAACCUUUUACGGCUUAAAUAUUGCAGAAAAUAACCAAACAUUUCCCAGUAGCGCAAAGAAAAUGUUCACAUGAUAAAUACUGACCCCAAAAUAAUAUAGUUCCAUGUUUCAUAUACUGAACAAUGAGUGGAUAUAGUAAUUAUCAUGACAGGGCUAUUCUACUGUAACUCCACUAUAAAAAAAUAUGUAACAAACCCCAACUCAGUUUGCAUUGCCAUAAUCAUGUAUAACUGCUUGCAGAAUAAGUACUAAAUGAAGUAACUGUCUUUAGGUUUAAGGAUUGUACAAAAUGGAGAGAGCGCUUAACUGUCAGAAUGUGCAAUUAUGAAACUAUACAGGGUUUUACACAGGUGAAGUGUAAAAAAUCACAUGAAGUGACAGUACUAUUUUGUUUUCAUGCUUUAUUUGCUCACUAUAGUUGUUUUAAAAUGAAUGGCGCUGCAUUGAGAGAUUGUCAUAAUUUCUCAUCAUGAAUGUCUUAAGUAUGAGUUUGAAUAUUGUUCAAAUACGUGUGUUUAUGUAUAUACUUACUGUCACCAUUUUGAUUGUUUACAUUCAUUUGAACUGAAUUGUCAGACUUUUCUUUACUGUGAAUAUCUUCUAUUUUUUGCCUUUUUCUUAUGUUUUCUUGUGUCAAAGUGAACUAACAGAGUAUAUGUAUGUAAUAGUAUUGAGAGAGCAGACUGCUGGUGCACUGUGUAUUGUGUUUACAUGGCUUUUGUUGCUCAAAAAUGUUCAUUGUCUCGAAGUCUCUCAUUCCACGUCGGCUGUAACUGAAUUAUGAUUUGUGACCAAUUCAAAGAGUGUGGGGCAAUAAAUCAUUUUAAAGAA